UAUCGUAAUGUGCCAAUGAACCAGCUGCUAUCCAGACCGAUGACACCGACAAUAAACGGAUGAUUGAAUUCAAGGCUGAUGUCAACAAGCUUUACGCGACAUUGUAUAAUGCUUUAAGUCACAAAGAUGUUACGACGAAACAGGUUGAAACAUAGGAUAAUAUCCAUCGCCUUGAUAGUUGCUGCGACAAUAUUUUACAAUGAGUAUUUGGUGUACGAAAUGCAGAAAUUCAAGUGGGCCAUGCGCGAGUGCUCAGCCUGUGUCAAGAUCCUCCUCGUUGCAGACCCGCAAAUACUCGGGGAGAAGAACGAGAAUUAUUUUGGCUCAUGGUUAGCGAGAUGGGACAGUGAUAGGUACUUAGAAAAGACUUUCUCUAGAGCACUAAAGUACUCUCAGCCGCACGUUAUCGCCUUCCUCGGCGAUCUCAUGGACGAAGGUCACAUAGCAAAUGCGGAGAAUUUCGAGAGAUACAAGAGGAGAUUGGAUUCGAUAUUUUCCAUGCCAGACGACAUAAUGAAAAUUUACUUGCCAGGCGACAAUGACAUCGGAGGCGAGGACGACCUUGUCUCUCCCAACAUCCACAACAGAUUCAAUUUCGCGUACACUCAGCCAGACACGUUAGUUUACAAGACCGUCACCUUCUUCAAGGUGAACAGGUUGACACGUAUGAUGCCGGAAGCGCCGAAGGAUGCAUUUCUCAAUGAUUACGCCGAAAGGAACACGACCAAUGUUAUUCUUAGCCACAUGCCGUUAUUGUUCAUGCCCGGCAGCUUCGUACAAAACGUACUCAAAGAGUUAUCGCCGCAAGUGAUCUUCACUGCUCACGAGCACAAAGCGAUGCACGUGAGCCUGGACACGGCGACCGAUCAGUUGAGUGAGAUCGGGAUCCUCCCGCCGCACGAGACGCCCUUGUAUCAGUUGCGGAUGGAUGUAGGGGACAUUCAUGAAGUACAAAUACCGACAUGCUCUUACAGAAUGGGUACACCACACAUGGGUUACGGGCUCGCCUAUAUCGACACUCAAGAGAAAACCUUGGAGUUCACGAUCCUGUGGCUACCGAGCAGAUUCCCGCAGCUGUGCGCUUACGCGCUCAUGAUCGUGCUGAUCGUCUUAAUUGCCGCUUGUACUUUCGUCUCAGGCUGUUGCUCGAAAAGCUAUGCGACUUACAGUCGUAUACCUUCCGUAUAGGAUAGCGUACAAUCAAAAGAAGUACUUAUAUUACGCUUAAACGGUGAGUUAACUUGACGUCGCAAAUUAGGUACAAAGAUCCGUCCAGGAGAUGACGAUCCUUCUAUCGUCUCUGUGUCAAGUUUCACGGGUAAAAGUAACAGAAGUAUAGUGGUUGUUCGUUAGUCACACCGUGUUAGAACAAACGUUCACCAGGUGCCAGAUUUCGAUAAGACUUAUUAAUUAUAUGGACAUAAUAAUGGGCUCCCUAUAAACCUUAAUCUCAAAAGGAAAAGAAAAAAUCGUUAAUUUUCGAGGAAUCUUAAAUUUCUCGGAGUGUGAUUCGCAUUUGAGAAAUUUCCAAAACUCUCUAGAGUUACUUACGUCGAAUAUGUUUGUUUGUCAUGAUCUUGAUUGUUGUAUUCACUGUGCUGUGACUAUAAACGUAAUGCCAAACUUGUAAUACACUUUGUUAGUGAGCGCUGCAGCGCUGACUUUAGAUAAAUGACAUCUGAAUCGUCGAUUUGACUUAAUAAGUUUAUUUGUGACCGAGAGGAUUCCCGAACAGAACAAAAAUCAAAUUACAAUUCUUAUGGAAAUCUUUUAGGGUUGCAUUCCAAAACAUUCUUUUUGAGGAAAAUUUUACUCAAUACUUAUAUUUCACGUUACAUAUACUAUAGAAUAUCGAGUAAAAUUUCCUCAAAGACAUUUUGGAACGCAACCUAGAGUAACAUAUUUGGUAUCCUACAUAUUUAUAUAUUUUUUUAUUUUAUUUCUUUUUAUAUUAUCUUUAAACGCUUCGAACAACUGGUUGUUUUUUGUACUUAUAGCUAUUACUGGCAAAAAGUGUUGUGUAUUAUGUACAUAAUAUUUCUUCGGAUAUUGAUGUUAUGUUAUGAGAUCUCUAUGUGAACGUGCAAUUGCCAAACUUAAAUGUGACUCUCGCGAGCCACUAUUACUCAGUUAUAAACAAACUUUCCCACAUUGAACAAUAUGUAAAGAUUUUUAUUAAGAGAUUAUUAUUACUCGAAUUGACGAUGAUAACGUCAAUUACAGGAAACCCGCCGAUUGUACUUGCUUUUAAUUAAUGAAAGAUUUAUCGUAUGAUAUUGUAAGUAUAGAGAAAGAAGUAAAGAAGAAUUGUUAAAAAAGUGAGGGCUUGUGUUUUAGAUAGGUCAAUUUAUAUUUCUCCGCCAACUUGUAUAUACAUAUUUGCCUGAAAUAAAUGUUGAAUGUUGAGA